AUGCCAUCACUGCCCACCCUCAAUAGCCUGGGAAAACUCUGUGGCUCAAGCCAGAGCCAGGAGGUUGACCGCGCCCGCCUCAAGCGCAGAAAUUCUGUGAAGCGCAUGUCAAUCAUUGAGGACGGACAUGUAGCUGAAGUGCUAUACCUCAUCCCCAAACAGUCCAUGAUGCAACAACUGCCCUUCAUUAAUCCAGAUGACUACUACCUGAGUGAAAGUCUCAUUCCAGUGGCUCAUACUCAACAGGACACACAGCAGCCGACAGAGAAGCCUCUAAUCCACUGCUUUAAGUGUGGAGAAGCAUGCAAAGGAGAAGUGCUACGUGUACAGAGCAGGCACUUUCACAUCAAGUGCUUCACAUGCAAAGUGUGUGGCUGUGACCUGGCUCAGGGUGGCUUCUUUAUGAAGAAUGGAGAGUAUCUCUGUACGCUGGACUAUCAACGCCUGCAUGGCACUCGCUGUAACUCCUGUGGAGAGUUUGUGGAAGGCGAGGUGGUCACUGCACUGGGCAAAACCUACCACCCUGCCUGCUUUGUCUGCACCAUCUGCAAACGUCCUUUUCCACCCGGUGAUCGGGUGACAUUUAAUGGGAGGGACUCUCUGUGCCAGUACUGUGCUGAACCUGUGUCACCUGGGCCCAUCAAAGACAUCAUUGAGUCCAGCAGUUGCGCUGGCUGUGGGAGGGACAUUAAGAAUGGUCAGGCUUUGCUGGCUCUGGAGAGACAGUGGCACUUGGGCUGCUUUAAGUGUAAGGCCUGUGGCAAAGUACUGACAGGAGAGUACAUCAGCAAAGAUGGCGCUCCCUACUGUGAAAAAGAUUACCAGCUGAAUUUUGGAGUGCAGUGUGAAGCCUGUCACCAGUUUAUUACAGGGAAAGUUCUGGAGGCAGGAGAUAAACACUACCACCCGAGCUGUGCACGCUGCAGCAGGUGUAAUCAAAUGUUCACAGAAGGAGAGGAGAUGUACCUACAAGGCUCCACUGUUUGGCAUCCAGGCUGUAAGACCUCCAGCAGGACGGAGGAGAGACAGAGGCCUACGCGCUCAUUGUCCGAAAGUACAUGUUCCAGACCUGGUUCAAGCAUACCUGGCUCACCGGGUCACACCAUAUAUGCAAAAGUAGACAAUGAGAUCCUUGAUUACAGAGACUUAGCUGCCAUUCCCCGAGUCAAAGCCAUUUAUGAUAUAGAGAGACCUGACCUGAUCACCUAUGAGCCCAUGUACAGCACCUCUCUAAAUGAGGAGAGAGAGAAUGAGAGAGAGUCACCCAGAACCAUGUCACCCACUCCAUCAGCUGAGGGCUACUAUGACCUAAGGGAACGCAUCAUCCAGAGGUCCACCAGUCAAGGCUCCAUUGGGUCACCUGGAUACAGUCGCCAUAGUUACACACCCACACUGUCACGGUCCCCACAGCACUUCCACAGGCCAGGCACUGAUUCACCAAGCGGGCGGAGUUCGCCCCUCCCCUCUCGUCCUGACAGUCGUGCGGCCACCCCACCUCUUCCUCUGACCCCUAAACAUUUCCACCUGCCAGAUCAAGGUGCCAACAUUUAUAGGAAACCGCCCAUCUACAAACAGCAUGAUUCAGCUGCCUUUGCAGUCCAUAGCAAAUCCGCCGAAGACAUCAUCAAAUCGGCCAAAUUUCCGUCGGCGUACGCCCCCCCUCUGGACGACCCUGCUAAGAUAGAGACAGACCAGUGGCCAUGUCCGCCAACCCACCCUUCUCCUUCUCUAGAUGGGAGGAGGAGGUCAAAAGAGGAAGAUGAAGAAGAGCAACAAAAACGCAGACAGCUGCAAGAAGAACAUCUCAACAAGAUUCAGUCUGGUUUGGGGAAACUCAUUCUGAAAGAGGAGAUGGAGAAGGAGAUGAUACGGGAGCGUCACGCCCGCAGCCUCUCUGCCCAGCGCUAUGACCACCAAUACAGCAACAAUCCAAAUUCUCCAUCCUCUAAAACAUCGUCUUUGCCAGGGUAUGGGCGUAAUGGACUUCAUCGGCCCCAGUCCACUGAUUUCACACAGUAUAAUAGUUAUGGAGAUGUGUGCGGAGGAGGGAAAGGUCAUCAGGAUGGCCACCGACGCACAAGUAGGAUGGACAGGGGAGUUUCUAUGCCUAAUAUGUUGGAACCCAAAGUAUACCCAUAUGAAAUGCUCAUGGUGACAGGUCACGGUCGGGCCAGGCUUCCCCGAGACGUGGACAGAACCAGACUGGAACGCCAUCUAGCACCAGAGACGUUCUUUGAUAUUUUUGGAAUGGAGCUGGAGGAGUUUGAUCGGUUACCACUGUGGAAACGCAACGACAUGAAAAAGAAAGCCAGACUUUUCUAA